AUGGAAGUUGGUUCAGAAAGGGAAAGAUUAUGGAGGAGCAAGAGAGAGACGAGCCCUGAGCGUGUAAAAACGUGGAGGUUGAAGGGUCCCGGUCCCGGUCCCAGUCCUCGUUGUUCAGGUAGCAGGAAGGUUCAAGUUGUUUACUACCUCUCCCGAAACGGGCUCUUAGAGCAUCCACACUUGAUGGAACUUACCCUUCUGCCCUCGCAACUACCUCUUCGCUUGAAGCACGUGUUUGAUCGCCUCAUGGCUCUCAGAGGCACUGCCAUGCCCUUGCAAUACUCAUGGUCUAGUAAAAGGAAGUAUAAGAGCGGUUACGUCUGGCAUGACUUGGCACCCAAGGAUAUACUGCACCCCUCUCAAGGAGGAGAAGAAGAAUAUGUACUCAAAGGAUCUCAGCUUCUUCAACCUUCCACCGAACGCCAAGGAUAUGCAUAUGAUGAUGUUGAUGACGAUGAGGAGGAGCAGGGAGAUAAAACAAGUUCCACAACCACACCCCAUUCCCGCUGCUCCAGAGGUGUAUCCACCGAAGAACUCCUUCACAUCAACACAAGUACAGUUUCGGCAUCACUUGGCGCUGCCCCUGUUCCAGGUGCUGCUACUCUGGCUGAAAAGCUGAACCACCAAGGUAAUGAGCGGAGAGUGUUAGAAGAUGAAGGAGCAACACCGAGUCGUCACUCGGUUCUGCUGCAGCUGAUAGCGUGCGGUAGCUCCGCUUUGGAGAGCAAUGUGGGGACCACCAAGAAAAGGGAGACUGUGGGGAAGUUGCAAUGUGAAGAUAAGGAAUACUUCAGUGGCAGCCUCCUCGAAUCCAUGAAAGCCCAAGCCCAAGCCCAAGCCCCAUCCCCAUUGGAGCCACAACUCACCAGAUCUAAUUCCUACGACGAACAAAGACGAAGCAGCAGGCUGAGAAUGGAAGAAAACGAGGGAGGAGAAGGAGGGGGACUCAUCCACAAAUGCAUUCCUCGCAAGAAAUCAUCUUCCAAGUGACGCCAUCUCAAUCUCUAUAAUUAUUAAUUAUAAUAUACUAUCAUUUCGGUAGCUGCCUCUCAUCUGUUAUUAAUCUUAUAUGAUUGUUGCAUGUUCUUCACCAUAUCCGGCAAC